AUGGAGAAUGUUACUUCAAUUCCAGAUAACCAGACACUUGGUCCAUGGACUGAUUAUAGCAUGGAAUACAAAGUGGUCAGCAUAUUAUUUGUGAUCCUCAUCUGUGGGAUCGGAAUAGUUGGAAACGUUAUGGUGAUACUAGUUGUUCUUACAACCAAACACAUGCGGACACCCACCAACUGUUACCUGGUGAGUUUGGCGGUGGCCGACCUGAUGGUUCUGACCGCGGCGGGACUUCCGAAUAUUACAGAGAGUUUGUAUGGAGGAGGCUGGGUGUACGGAUACGUCGGGUGCCUUAGCAUAACUUAUUUCCAGUACUUGGGCAUCAACGCGUCUUCAUGUUCCAUCACCGCUUUCACCAUUGAGCGGUACAUAGCCAUCUGCCACCCCAUAAAAGCGCAGUUUAUGUGCACUCUGUCAAGAGCAAAGAAAAUCAUAGUGGUCGUUUGGGCUUUUACCUCGCUCUACUGCGUCAUGUGGAUUUAUCUCUCUGACAUGAACGAGUUGAUUUACGACAAUAUUACCAUGUUCUCAUGCGAAUACAAAGUGUCCAGAAAUCUUUACCUGCCAAUCUACUUCACUGACUUUGCCGUGUUCUAUGUGGUGCCCCUCGUGCUAGCCACUGUUCUGUAUGGAUUUAUCGCUAGAAUUCUUUUCCUCAACCCCUUGCCAGCAGACCCCAAGGAAAAUACUAAAAAGUGGAAAAAAGAAUCAUGCCAAGGAAAUAGGACGAUGAGCACCAACAAUUCAUCAUUUAGCACAACUGCCCGCUCUCGCAGGCAGGUAAGUAGCCACUCUACUGUUUUAAAGUUUGUUAUCUUGUAACAGUGUAUCUACAGCAUAAUAACUACAGUGUGUUUGUGUGUGUGUGUGUGUGUGUGUGUGUGUGUGUGUGUGCGCGCCUCGGGAAUAAAGUGAGGAGAAACAAAUUAAUGAUUAAAAAAACCUCCAGUAUAAUUAGAUAAUGAAUUCAACAGUUUCAUAAUUGCACUGGUAUGAUAUGGCGUGCACCUGGUGAAGUUGGGGUGUUCAAUCCAAGCAUAUACUGUACACUCUUAUAAAAAUGGGACAACUGAAUGAAUAACCCUUUUAGGUUCUAGAUAGCACCUUUUUUUCUAAAAGUGUAUGGUAACAUCCUAGAGAACACAGACGUCAAGUCAACGUCUAUUCUACGUUGGUUCAUGGUAAUUUCAUUGAAAUGACGUGGAAACAACGUUGAUUCAAACAGUGGGUAAUCAUUGUAAGUAGGUUACAGUGUGCAGCAGGAGCAAGUCAACAUGCAACAAACCGUAUUAAUAUAGACUCAUAAAGCCUCACCACUAUGCUGACAGCACACGUCACUGAAUAAUGUAGUUUGUAACACAUAUAGAGCCUACACUGCACCUGAGACUGAGCAUGCGAAUGGGAGGGGUGAGAGUUCAUCUGAUGAAAGGGAGAGCUCCCCUAUAAAGAGUGGAUUUUCAGGUAUUGUGGUGCCAACAUCAUGUUAUGGGAAUGCUUGUCACCAGCGGGGACUGGAGACGGAGUACCGGCAAAAUAAAUAUUGGGGUACGUGUACUCCAUACCGGUUGAACAUGAGCCAACACAAUAUUUAAAACAAAGAUGCCAAGAAACCUGCUAUUACACUAUUAUUUAUCAUUAAUGCAUGUCACCCUCAUGACAAAUUAGUGAACGGACUAGAAAACUUGUGGAAUACGCUCCAAAAUGUGAUGUGGUUCGACGAUGACAGUGACAUUUUGUGAAGGCAGAGAUGAGUGGCUGAGAACGAGACGCGCGUGGACGGUGAGCGCAUCUUCAGGUUACAAGUGUAGGCCUAAUGAAUCACAAUCACAGAAUGUAAUUCCUUACACUUUUUGGUGUUUUGUAAUAGAUGUCUUUAAGGAAUACCUGGGAUAGGAUAAAGUAAUCCUUCUACCCCCCCUUACCCCACCCCAAAGAAAGAAAAAAAACAUAUUGUAAAGUGGUUAUCCCACUGGCUAUAAGGUGAAUGCACCAAUUUGUAAGUCGCUCUGGAUAAGAACGUCUGCUAAAUGACGUAAAUGUAAAUGUAAAUGUAAAUGUCUCUUUCUAUUCAUAAAAUGGCCGGUGCACAGUGCACUGUAUGGAUGUGGGAAUUAUUUUAGAGUGGACGAAUGUGCGCAGGUAGCCAGGCUUACAGGAGCCCUUUGAAGUAAUUGUUUGACAAUCAGAUGAAAACAAUCAUGACUGGUUAUGUUAAUGCCACAUUAACCUCUAAAAGUCUAAGCCCAAUGCAAUGGCUUAGACUUGUAGAGGUUAAUGUCGCAUUAACAUAACCAGUCAUUAUUUUUUCAUCUGAUUGUCAAACAAUUGCCAAACUGUUGGGACACUACAGACGUUUCGAGAGAAGACCGAUUUUCGGGAUGUCUCAUGGUCCGACAAACACCGCUGUAGCUCGGCCACCUUCCACCGCAGAUGAGGAAGGUCGACAUUGGAGGAUUGAGAUGCAGCCCAUGCAAAAAAACGGACAGAUUUUGAUGGGGAUUUUUUUUCUUCUGUUACUUAGAUUAAAAGGUAAUACAUUUGAAAAGUUAAAUGACACAUUUUUACUAUUAGGUCCACAGAGAUCCUAUUUAAUGAAUAGGGAUUCUAUAUGUAAUUAUAUCUGUAAGAAGUUAAAUCUAUAGUACUUUCACCCCUGAUCAAAAUGAAAGUAGCAAAGCCCAGGUAAAAAGUCAGAGGAAAACUGCCUCAGUCUUCAAUUUUUUCAGUGGGACAAUUACACACAUUUAAAUGCCAAAGACACACCAGAAUGGCUUUCCAAGAGAUGUUAAGUGUUCCUGAGUGGUCCAAUCUCAGUCCUGAAUGACAUUUGCUUGAAAAUCAGAGACAAUGUUUGAAUAGUGCUGUCCAUCAAUGACUGCCAACAAAAUUUACUGAGUUUAAGCAAUUUUAACAAAAACAAUGAUAUACAUGUAUGUUGCCUGAAGAGUUGUGCGAAGUUGGUAGAAUCUUAUUCCAAGUUAUUCACAGCUGUAAUGGCUGCCAAAGGUGCUUCCACCAAGUAUUAACUCUGGGGUGUGAAGACAUACGCAAUCAAGACAUCUUCGUUUUUUUAGGUUACCUUGGUCACGCAUCCUCAGCCUUGUCUGGACAUGGACCAAGCCAGCCUUUCUGUCUCAGUGGCAUAGACAAUAAAGACAUAUGAUGGAUCUGUGCUCACUGCUAGGUCAUUUAGCAAAACAAGUCAAGAUAAGGCUCUGACAUAACACACACGUCUCUAACUGGCCUUGCGUUGAAUGGAAACCAGUGUAAUCCAUACCACUUACCAGGGCCUGAUUGAUUUACCUCAAAAGGUCAAAAUUGAAUAAGGAGAGCGAUCAGGAAUCUUCCCUCAACAAUGAUGAUAGUUGCUCCCUGGCCUUAUCCAAUAAGAGACACAUCACUGGUGUGAGACCUCACAAUGGAUGAUGGCAUCUAAUUGCAUUUGGAGUUUAAUAUAAACAUUAUCACAUCAUAAUUAUAUUUGCAAUUAAAUUGCUCUCUAGGCGCUGUUGGUUUAGUUUUACAGAUGCUGUUUUGUCAGUCUCUUCAGUCUGUGGUCGAUAUUAAUUGUAAGAGGGUGCUCACCAACCCAUUUCAACCACUUUUCUUUGCAUAGCAGGAACAUAACAUUUUUCACACAUUUUUUACAGGGGUCAAGCUGAAAUCAAUUUUUCCUUAUGUCUUUUGAUGAAAAUGGCUCUUGAUUUUCUUCCAUGUGUUGUUGUCAGGUGACUAAGAUGUUAGCUGUGGUGGUGGUGCUCUUUGCCCUCCUCUGGAUGCCCUACCGGACGCUGGUGGUGGUCAACUCCUUCCUGGACAAGGCUUACCUGGACCUCUGGUUCCUGCUCUUCUGCCGCAUCUGCAUCUACCUGAACAGCGCUGUCAACCCUGUCAUCUACAACGCCAUGUCUCAGAAGUUUCGCACCUCCUUCAAGAAGCUGUGUCACUGCGGUCCGCAGCGAGUGGAGAAGCCAGCGUCCUACAGCGUGGCCCUGACCUACAGCGUCAUCAAGGACACGACCAAUGGAGAGAGCCCUGACCACUUCACUACUGAGAUGGACGAGCUGACCACGCCCACACCCAGUGACCAGUUCCUGCCCAGCGCCAAGAGGAUGUCAUUCGAGGACCCCUCUCUGUCAGGCAGGGUUGCCCUUAGUAACUCCAUGCAGGCAACAAUGAUUAUCUGA